AUAUUAAUUGUGAUUUUAUCCUUAGAAAGUUGAUAUAUUUUUUUUAUUCUGAAUUUUGUUAUUAUUAAAACUCUUUAGAGGCGUGAAAUUAUACAGCAAUGUGAGCUCUGUAUUUACAAGAGGGUAGAAUGAACAAAGGAUAUACUAAAUUUUGUAAUCAAUAUGAUGAUAUUGUCCUGAAGAGAUAACAGAAUACAUAAUGCUUGUAGUACCACGUAGUACAUACAAGUAAAUAUAAAUACAAGAAAUAGAGAAAAUGAAGUGAGAAAUAAACCACUAAACACAUUUUUUAUCUCCAUAAUAUAAAUAAUUAUUGAAGUUACCAUAAUAUGUCCAAGAUUAUACAUUUGUCGAAAGAUCUAGUGGAAUGAAAAUAGAAGAUAAACUAACUAUGGAGAGCAAGAUCCAUUGUAUAAUACUUGUUUACGUACCUAAUUAACCUCCAUAAUCACUAAUAACCACAGCCACAAACCACAGCUGUGAUCACAGCUUAUAUACGCAGCAGAAGUGCCCGAGUAGACUAGUGGGACGUAAACGUUGGAUAUCGCUAGAUCUCCGGCCUGCCUCUAUGCAAGGUCACGCGUCACGCCAUAGUCCACGACACAGCGAUCUGUGAUAAAAGUCUUUUAUUUUCAUCUGCAUUUAUUGAAGUAACGAAAAAAUGCCGCAUUUCCGACUUGAGACUAAUGUACCUCAGGAAAGCAUUCCUAAAGAUUUUCCAAUCACUUUAUGCAAAAUUCUAGCUAAAUCUUUGGGAAAACCACUAAAUUAUUGUGUUGCAACAGUUGUCGGAGGUGUCAACAUGUCUUUUGGGGGAACUACCGAGCCAGCUGCCCAAGCCACGCUGAUGAGCAUAGGCGCGUUGGGGGUUGCGGAAAAUAAGAAGCACUCAAAAGCACUUUUUGAGGCUGUCGAACAAGCUAUUGGCGUACCAGCUAAUAGGAUGUACAUCUUGUAUCAGAACUCUCCAACCAGUGAUGUAGGAUUCAACGGAACCACUUUUCACGAUUUGUUUGGCUAAAAUAUAGACUAGAGCACAUUAAAAAAUAGGUAUAGAUUUGUACAAUAAUUGAUACUAUAGUGUUUUGUGAUGAUGCAAUAAAAAAUUAAAUCACUAUA